ACGAAUCAAAUAUACUGUGAAAGAAGGGAAUCAUAUAAAUUGAUGAAGAAUUAAUGUAGAUACAACCACCCAGUGCUCAAAUAAAUGAUGUGUUUCUUAACUAAACUGACAAAAAAAUUAAGGUGCAAAUAAAAAUACAGUUUCACCCCUUUUAGUCAUAUUUUUUGAGCUUAAGAACAUUCCCUAUGACUAUUGAUUGUUACAGACUUCUUCUGAGAGCAUGUGUUAAUCACAAACGUUAUUAUGAAGGCUUAGGCCAGGCUGAUUACAAAAAUAAAUACUAAUCAAAUAUACUGCAAAAAAAAAUGGAAUUAUGAAAACUGAUGAAGAAUGAAUGAAGUACUAAAAUAAAUAAAUGAAUAAAUAAUGUGUUAACUAAACUGUCCAUGAAAUUUAAGAACAUUCUCUAUGACUAUUGAUUGCACCAGACUUCUUCUAAAAGCAUGUGUUAGUCACAAACAUUAUUAUCAAGGCUUAGGUCAGGCUGAUUACAAAAAUAAAUACGAAUCAAAUAUACUGCGAAAGAAGGGAAUCAUAUAAAUUGAUGAAGAAUGAAUGUAGAUACAACUACCCAGUGCUCACAUAAGUGAUGUGUUUCUUAACUAAACCGUCAAAAAAAUUAAGGUGCAAAUAAAAAUACAGUUUCACCCCUUUUAGUCAUAUUUUUUUGCGCUUAAGAACAUUCUCUAUGACUUGAUUGUUACAGACUUCUUCUGAGAGCAUGUGUUAAUCACAAACGUUAUCAAGGCUCAGGCCAGGCUGAUUACAAAAAUAAAUACUAAUCAAAUAUACUGAAAAAAAAAAGGGAAUCAUAAAAACUGAUGAAGAAUGAAUGAAGUACUAAAAUAAAUACAUGAAUAAAUAAUGUGUUAAGUAAACUGUCCAUGAAAUGAAAGUGCAAAUGAAAAUACGGCUUAACCCCUUUAGUCAUAUUUUUUGCGCUUAAGAACAUUCUCUAUGACUAUUGAUUGCACCAGACUUCUUCUGAAAGCAUGUGUUAGUCACAAACAUUAUUAUAAAGGCUUAGGUCAGGUUGAUUACAAAAAUUAAUAUGAAUCAAAUAUACUGUGAAAGAAGGGAAUCAUAUAAAUUGAUGAAGAAUGAAUGUAGAUACAGCUACCCAGUGCUCAAAUAAAUAAUGUGUUUCUUAACUAAACCGACAAACAAAGUGCAAAUGAAAAUGCAGCUUCACCCCAUUUAGUCAUAUUUUUUGCGCUUAAGAACAUUCUCUAUGACUUGAUUGUUACAGACUUCUUCUGAGAGCACGUGUUAAUCACAAACAUUAUUAUGAAGGCUUAGGCCAGGCUGAUUACAAAAAUAAAUACUAAUCAAAUAUACUGCAAAAAAAAAUUGAAUUAUAAAAACUUAUGAAGUGAAGUGAAGUGAAUUAUAUUUAUAUAGCGCUUUUUCUCUAGUGACUCAAAGCGCUUUACAGAGUGAAACCCAAUAUCUAAGUUACAUUUAAACCAGUGUGGGUGGCACUGGGAGCAGGUGGGUAAAGUGUCUUGCCCAAGGACACAACAGCAGUGACUAGGUUGGCAGAAGCGGGAAUUGAACCUGCAACCCUCAAGUUGCUGGCACGGCCACUCUACCAACCGAGCUAAACCGCCCCAACUACAACUACCCAGUGCUCAAAUAAAUAAUGUGUUUCUUAACUAAACUGACAAAUUAAAGUGCAAAUGAAAAUGCAGCUUCAUCCCUUUUAGUCAUAUUUUUUGCGCUUAAGAACAUUCUCUAUGACUAUUGAUUGCUCCAGACUUCUUCUGAAAGUAUGUGUUAAUCACAAACGUUAUUAUCAAAGAUUACAAAAAUAAAUAAUAAUCAAAUAUAACUGUUAGAGUUUGUUGGUGACGAACCCCAAGAUGCAGAGAAGGAGGCAGGCAUUGCGUAAGAAAACAUGAUUGAAUUAAACACUAAAACAAGAACAAACCAAAAGGGUACCAACAAAAGGCGCACACGAGGCGGAUAAUAACAAACUUGGCUACGAACAAAAACACUUACUGUGACACGACGGAACUAUGGCAUGAGCAGAGUGAACUGAAGUAGACAAAGCUACAAGCGACAAGACAGGUAGUGGUGACAUCGACACAACAAUGACAAUAAUCCAGCAUCUGACUGGAGGACAAAACAGGUUCAAAUAGUGGCUGGCUGAUUGACACCAGGUGUGGCCAGGUGCCAAUCAACCACAGCUGAGGGGACAAAGCACUCAGGGAGACUAACAGGAAACAGAACCAAAAUAAGAGUGCUGACAAGAACUAAAUACAGGAAACAAAGACAAAUGCAGAGGAAAAACUAAGACAUAGACCAAACUGUCAGGGACAAGCCUGACUAACGCAAAAGAAGGGAAUCAUAAUAACUGAUGAAUGAAUUCAACUACCCAGUGCUAAAAUAAAUUACUAAAUAACGUCUUUCUUAACUAAACUCUCAAUAGAAUUAAAGUGCAAAUGAAAAUUCGGCUUCAUCGCUUUAGUCAUAUUUUUUUCGCUUGAGAAAAUUAUCCAUCGCUAUUGUUUCAGGCUUCUGCUAAAAAGCAUGUGUUAAUCACAAACAUGAUCAAGGCCUAGGUCAGGCUGAUUACAAAAAUGUAUACUAAUCGAAUAUACUGCAAAAGAAGGGAAUCAUAAAAACUGAUGUGGACGAAUGUGUGUUAAAAUGAAUUAUAAUUAAUGAAUAAUGUGUUAAUAAAGCUGUCAGUUAAAUUAAAAUGCCUAUGAAAAUACAGCUUCACAGCUUUAGUCAUAUUUUUUGCGCUUAAGAAAAUUCUCUAUGACUACUGAUUGCUCGAGAAGUCUUUUGAAAGCAUGUGUCAAUCACGCACAUUAUUUUAAAGGCUUAGGUCAGUCUGAUUACAAAUAUAAAUACUAAUCAACUCCACUGCAAAAUAAGGGAAUCAAAAAACGGGGAUAGGUUGAUUGGCAACACAAAAUUGCUCCUAGUGAGUGAAUGAGUGUGAAUGUUGUCUGUCCAUCUGUGUUGGCCUCGUGAUGAGGUGGCAACUUGUCCAGGGUGUACCCCGCCUUCCGCCCGAUUUUAGCUGAGACAGGCACCAGCGCCCCCCGCAACCCCAAACGGAAUAAGCGGUAGAAAAUGGAUGGAUGGAUACAAAUAAACGCACAUACAACUAUGCAGUGUUACAAUAAAUACAUUCUAACAAAAUGUAUGAAAAAUAAUACAUGUUUCUUAAACUCACUGAAAUUAAAUUGCAAAUAGAAAUACAGCUUCAACCCUUUAGUCAUAUUUUUGGCGCUUAAGAAAAUAAUCUAUGACUAUUGCACCAGACUUAUUCUGAAAGCAUGUGUUAAUCACAAACAUUAUUAUCAAGGCUUAGGUCAGGCUGAUUACAAAAAUAAUUUUAAUCAAAGUUUAUUUAUAUAGCCCUUAAUCACAAGUGUCUCAAAGGGCUGCACAAGCCACAACGACAUAAUCCCACUUACUAAUCAACUACACUGCAAAAGAGGGGAAUAAAAAACAAACUGAUUAUAAAUAAAUGCUGCGGUCCUACAAAAUAUACAUUCUAACUAAAUUAAUGAAAAAAUAUACGUUUGGUAAACUGUUAUUAAAGUGUGAAUGGAAAUACAGCUUCAUCACUGUAGUCAUAUUUUUUUGCGCUUAAGAAAAUGUUCUGACUAUAACUCCAAACUUCUCCAGUUUGAUAAGACACAUUGUGUUGGUACACAGACACCCUAGCUAGCUUUUAGUAUUAUAUUUUGGUAUAAUUCACUCAUAAAUACCGUCGAACGUGGCGGUUUUGGAAAGGCCGGAGCAAAAGCAGACUUCAGGGGUGGCGCAGCAGCUUGAGAAAAACAAACAAAAGCAUUCUUUUCAAGCUAACUUUGGGAAUGUUCAUAUUAUUUCAAGUGGAAACCAUUUUUGUUCAAGUCAACUGAGUUGAGUGGAAAAGAUUAUAAACUAACGGUGUAGGGAGGCUUUUAUUCUGACUACAUCCUGUUGAUUUUCACGUGAAUCCUACUUCAAGGAAAUGCAUUUGGACGUAAGACACCUAAAGCAAUGAAAGCUUCUUUUCAGAGGUGAAAUCAAUUGAAAGUUGGGACAGGGAGGCAGAAGGGGGGAGGAAUCAGAUUUACUUUUGGCUCCCACCCUUCCCCCAGUUGAGGGUCUUGACCUCCUGAUGGGGGGGAAGAUCUGUGUCAAGACAUGAAACGAACAAAUACUACAUCCGGAAAGUCGCAUCACCUAGGAAAAUAAAUGUAUACAACACUCAUUCUAGGUUUUCUUCCAUUAGUUUAUUUGGCCCUAUUUGUUUAUCGUACUACCAAAACCAGCGUAGAACUCUCCGGAUGUGACUAAAGCCAAGCAUUUUAAUACCUUGCAACCUUUAUUGUCUUAACUGCUACCGGAAGCGCUUUGGCACGUGACUGCCAGCUUGUCGCCAUCAAUGCAGGCUUGUGUGUCAUGAGUUUCGCCUGGGGUUCCGUCUUUAAAUGUCAUAAUGCGGCGAUACAUUCGUGCGCUGCUUAUGUGCACAGUGUUUGCCGUGUUUUCGGCAUUGUACGUUUAUAGCAAGCUGUUCGAAACGGACUUGUCGCCUGGGAAGAACGACGCGAGGAGCAUUUACGGCGCCCCGGGAAUCCCGGCACUUAGGGAGGGGGACCCGGACAAACCAGGGCAACGACGCUCACACCGACACAACAGGUACAUCAUGCGUCAGCGGGGUCAGCAGGAAGCCGGCACCCAGCACAGACCCCCCAUGCACCUGGCGGUGGUGGCCUGCGGAGAGCGCCUGGAGGAGACUCUCAAUAUGUUUAAGUCGGCCGUGCUUUUUAGCGUCAACCACCUCCAGCUGCACAUUUUUGCUGAGGAUCAGCUGCACGCCGGCUUCACGGAAGCUCUGGAAUCCUGGCCGGCUUUUAUACAGUCCAGGUUUAACUACACAGUCUACCCCAUCAGCUUCCCCAGCGAGAAUGCAGCCGAGUGGAAAAAACUCUUCAAACCCUGCGCUUCACAACGACUUUUUCUACCUAUCAUCCUGAAGGACGUUGACUCCCUGGUCUACGUGGACUCGGACAUCCUCUUCCUGCAGCCCGUAGACCGCCUGUGGUCUUUUCUGUCCCAGUUUGACGCCUUGCAGCUGGCCGCCAUGGCCCCGGAGCACGAAGAGCCCCGCAUCGCUUGGUACAACCGCUUCGCCCGGCACCCUUAUUACGGGAAAACGGGCAUCAACUCGGGGGUGAUGCUCAUGAACCUCACAAGGAUGAGGAACGUCUUUUUUAAAAAUGAUAUGACAUCGGUGGGGCUCCGAUGGGAGGAGCUUCUGUUGCCUUUACUUCAAAAAUACAAACUUAACAUAACAUGGGGAGACCAGGAUCUGCUUAAUAUCAUUUUCCACUAUAAUCCUGAGUUCUUGCUGGAGUACUCAUGCCAGUGGAACUACAGACCAGACCACUGCAUCUACGGCAGCAACUGUGCCACGGCCGAGGAAGCCGGCAUCUACAUUCUGCACGGAAACAGAGGUGUAUAUCACGACCACAAGCAACCCGCCUUCAGAUCGGUCUACGAUGCCAUACGCAAGUACUCGUUUGGCGCCGACCCCGUGACCUCCCUGCUGGCUCCCCUGGAGAAGCAACUUUUGAAGACGACUCACACCUACUGUGGUAAAUCCCACCGCCUUUUCACCAAGGCCUUGGUGCACAGUCUGGACAACAUCAACCGGAGGAGCCCGCUUGUACGGUGACACAAAAACCAUAUUUCAUCCAUUGUUUUAAACUUGAAUUGUAUUCUCUUCUACUCCUGUUAAUGACGUAAAGGAAAUUACCGUAUUUCCUUGAACUGCCGCCGGGGCGCUAAUUCAUUUAAAACCUCUUUUCAAACCCGCGUUUACCAAAGGCAUGUGGUAAAUUUAGGCCUGCGCUUAUAAAUUUGAGUGUGAUGUAAGGAUACCAUCAUGAAAAGCACAUUUUAAUAAAAAAAAGGUUAGUAUGGUCUUACCUUUACUUAUAAAUGAAGUCCGUGCGCAGCUCCUUCUGAUCAAAAGCAUCGAUAACUUGUUUAUAGAAGUCUUCCUUAUCUUUCUUCAGUUUUAAAAGUCUCUCUGUCUCGAUGGAGAUCUUCCUUUAUUACCUCCUGCUACGAUUGAAAAUGAUGACAGGUGAAGUGUCACUCGUGACGUGACGAGUUUGACCUGGCGGAAAUUCUAGGCAUGUGCUAAAAAAUUAGCGCAUGCUUAGCAUUACCGCCGGCUCAGGAUUAACGCCGGGUCAAACUCGUUUUGCAAAAUAUUCUUUUUGUUAGCGCAUGCCUAGAAUUUCCGCCGGGUCAAACUCGUCACGUCAUUUUGUUAAAUGUGAUUUUCAUAAUGUUAUCCUUACAUCACACUCAAAUUUUAUAAGCGCAGGCCUAAAUUUACCGCAUGCCUUUGGUAAGCGCCAGAGGGAAGUAAGGUGUGCAACUCCAUCAUCAAAAGCAUAUUUAAUAAAAAGAAGGUUAUUAUGUUCUUACCUUUACUUAUAAAUGAAGUCCAUGCGCAGCUCCUUUUGAUCAAAAGCAUGGAUAACUUGUUUGUAGAAGUCUUCCUUAUCUUUCUUCAGUUUUAAAAGUCUCUCUGUCUCGAUGGAGAUCUUCCUUUAUUACCUCCUGCUUCCAUUGAAAAUUAUGACAGGUGAAGUGUCACUCGUGACGUGACGAGUUUGACCCAGCGGAAAUUCUAGGCAUGCGCUAAUAAAAAUAAUAUUUUGCGAAACGAGUUUGACCCGGCGUUAAUCCUGAGCCGGCGGUAAUGCUAAGCAUGCGCUAAUUUUUUAGUAUAUGCCUAGGUAUAUGCCGGGUAAAACUUGUCACGUCAUUUUAUUAAAUGUGCUUUUCAUGAUGGUAUCCUUACAUCACUCUCAAAUUUAUAAGCGCAGGCCUAAAUUUACUGCAUGCCUUUGGUAAGCGCCGGAGGGAAGUCCAUGCGCAGCUCCUUCUGAUCAAAAGCAUCGAUAUAUAGAAGUCUUCCUUAUCUUUCUUCAGUUUUAAAAGUCUGUCUCGAUGGAGAUCUUCCUUUAUUACCUCCUGCUUCAAUUGAAAGUCCAGUUUAGAAAGCUGUUUUAUUUUAGAUAUGUAAUCCUCCAUGUUAAAAGUGCAAGCGAGAGGAAAAAAUAAACUCUUGCUGCUUGUUGUCACUUCUUCUGCAGCCGAGUAGUCGCAAGAAGGAUCACCACCAGGAGGCGGGAGUCAUUUAAUGACUCAUAUUUGACACACGCAGCUACGGUAUAUUAAUAAAACAUAGCUGCUUACUGUUCUUUUUAGCAUAUUCAAUAGCUUGGACCUUAAAUCCUACUGAAUAGCUCUUAGUCUUCUUCCCUUUAUGCGAUUUCAAAGGAUUGAAAUCAGCCUCCUCCAUUUUGAAAAUGAUGACAGACAGGUGAAGUGUCACUCGUGACGUGACGAGUUUGACCCGGCGGAAAUUCUAGACAUGCGGUAAUAAAAAUAAUAUUUUGCGAAAAGAGUUUGACCCGGCAGUAAUUCUAGCCAGGCGCAUACUAUAUACCCGGCGGCAAUUCAAGGAAAUACAGUAGUCACAAUGCAAAAAAAAAAAGAGAAUUACUUCACUUUCCAUAUUGGAGACAUAAAGUAGUGAAUGAUGCAUUUAAGUGCAUUAAAGAAGAAAAAAAGUGUGUUUUUUACUAGAAAUGUUACAAUGAUGGUACUGUGCUGCAAAAAAAUAAUCUCCAAGCCAAAGUUUGUUUUGUUACAUUACUGAAUGUAUUUUGAACACUAAAUGUUGACAUUUUGUUAUGAAUUUUUGCACUGUCAAGUUUUAUUGUGAUUAAUUGUGUGAUAUUUUAUAAAAGGAAAAAAACAAAAUAAACUGUCAUCUCUCUUUA